AUGUUUUCACAAGAGAAGAAGAAUUUAGAAAUUAUCCCAUUCCUACAAACCAAGCACACCCUUUCUGAACAGAAUGGUACCGUAGAAAAUAUUGGAGGGUAUGAACCCACACACACAUCAGACACGACACUCAUUAAUAACACCGAAGCCGAUGAUGUAAAAAUAGCACAUGACAUCGAGAUAAAUAAAAAGUACUGCGGAUCGGCCGAAUGCAAAUUCUUAUUUGCACAUUAUAUAACGGAGCAAGAGUCACAAGCAAAUUCACAUUUCUAUUCGUUCAUACAAUUGGCGGAAAUGCUUAACCGUACAAUCGUAUUGGUAAAUGUACAAAAUUCGAGAUUGGGAUCCUGUCAGAACCUUCCGUUUAGUUUCUAUUAUAACGUGGAGGCGAUCAAGGCAUUGUUUCCAAGGGUUAAUUUUAUCACGCAACAGGAUUUUCAAAGUUGGACCAAACAACUUUAUCGUAAGCCAAACACCGUUUUCAGGUAUAUUGAACAAGAUGGUAUACCGAAUACGACAAGAACGAUAACGAUAGAUUUGGAUGUCCUCUUAAAGGAUGAAUGCCUUGAACAAUUCGACCUUAAAUUUAAAGAUGAUGAUUCCAUCUUCAAGAUGCUUUAUAUAGGGUUAAAAAAUUAUUGGAGUACGCCGAUGAGUAACCUUGUCAUCAUAGAUUAUCUAACCAAACACCUAGAUCUUAACGAACCAGUCCUAUUAAUCAGACACGAACUUAGGUAUCCCCUAUUCCCUUCCAAGGGACCCAUCGUACCAUUGCCAUAUGCCAACCACUUGGUGGAAGCGGCGAAUAAGGUAAAGGACCGAUUAGGGGAAUAUAUAGGGAUUCACUGGAGAAUGGAAUCCGCCAAACCGGAAUUGAUGCCUGCUUGCGCAAAAGGGUUGAUUAAAUAUAUCAAAAAGAUGAAAGUCACGAGUAAUAUUGAGAACGUAUUUUUUGCCACGGAUUAUCCUUUAACCAAUGUGGGGGAAAAUAAAACGCAAUCAAAUACAUUCCUAAACAUAAACAAUAAUCAUCAUUUGGCGAUGAAACAGUUACGUACGGCUUUCAAGUUAAACACUUGGGUAUCAACGAGAUCUUUAGAUUAUCUUUAUGAAGCGUUUCCCGAGUACAGAAAAGAAAUCGAUCAAGAAUUUGAUGAAUCUGGAAUUCAAGGAAUUCUUGACAAGUUGGUUUUAAUAGGAGGGGAUUAUUUUAUAAGUGGACCACGUCAAUGUGCUAGGAUACUGAGUAAUUUUACAAAAAGGAUUAGAGAAGAAAGGCAGAGAUUAAUAGAUGAUGGUGAUAAGACGAUCCGUAACGAUAUUUCACGAUGGACACUAAAAUAA